AUGGCACCCCCCACAGUUGCGCAACCUGCUGAAAUCCAGAUAGCCUACUUGCUCUGGAAAUGCAAGGAGGACGCCAUGCCACUACGAGUGCUGGCCACCUGCGUUGAACGCUUUCCCGGGCGCCGUAGAGACACCUCUGGGCUGCUAGAGUUGGCCCUUGGAGUGCUUGACGCCUUUCGGCGCCAGAUGGAAAGAGCAGCUCAGAAGCUAGCGCCCCUACUCAUCUCCGCAGAAAAGAGCAUCACGGUUGAGCAACCAGAGCCGCAGAUCAAGAGCAGGCCGGGUGGCAGCAUAGCGUAUGGCGUCACUGGGCAACAACGUCCCGCCAAAAAAACGAGGUCACCGGUAGGCUGUACCUCAUCCAAGUUGGAGGUGAUCGAAGUCAGUGACGACUCCGAAAGUGCAGAGACAGCUGGCAAAAGCAAAAGGCGGGAUUUUGGUGCUCAUCCGGGGGCGUUAGAGGCGCGCUCAGCACACGCACGGGAAUCGUGUGGCGACAACUUCUCAACUGAAGGCCAAGGGGCAGAUACCAAAGGCAAGGAGUAUAAUAGAUACUGCAGAAGGAUCUGUGGUGCGUACCUGGAGGCCGGCCUCGACCCAGUCGAGCUCGGUGGACUGGAAGAACUUGGUGUUCUUGAGCGCCUUGAAGAGAAUCGGUUCACCUGGCGGGUCGGGCUGAUGUCAUCAACGGGACUUGCCGUCUGGGCACGGUGCAAGGGGCCCAGGCAAUCAGGCGAACCCGCAAUUGCAGACCCAGUUGUUGCAGAGCAAGCCGGGCAGACGCACAAAUCGCAGCGCAAGGGGCUUUGGAGGUGUUGCAGUACACAUUGACUCGCUUUCUUUUCUAAGCUGCUAGAAUAAGCACUCCAGGUCCCUAGGUUAGAAAGGUGAACCCGCAGUCAGGUUCAAAAAUCUGGAUUUGAAUAUAAGGGCAGCCUGCCGGAGCUGCUUUUCUGUCCCAAUAUGGUGAUCUCCCGCCAGGCCAGACAACCCGUCUAUGAUCUUCUAUGAUGCAUGUCUGGCCCAUACCAGCAUGGCAAUGUGUAACAUUUUUUGUUCACGUAGUCGGAUCUUGGUUUAGAGACAGCUGUAUCAACAAGAUAUGAGGACAGGGGCCUCGAGCUACUUCAAAUUAAGUGUGCAUCGAAGUCCACUUCUAGCCCUGAACUUAUUUCUCAUGGCCGCCCACUCCGACGGCAUACGUUCAAAAGGAGUCAGAAUUGACCAUGGUAGGGAUACGUAAUCGGUAUUGUGGGG